GGAUUUUGUCAAUUUUGCACCAUUACUAUACCACCAUAAUUUUAUGGGACGGGACGUGUAAACGCUUGCCCGAGGCGGUUUUGUUACGAAUCGCAGCGAGAUCGUAAGUGAGUGUUGCAGACAAUGAAGGAAGUGGCUUUGACGUAAUUUUGCAUGCUUGAAAAGUUGUCCACUGCUUUUCAGUUGAUAACGCUUUUCAGAAUGCCCUUAUACCGUUUUCUGUUCUUUCAGCGUUCGAGCCCUUGACUGGGCAUGACGACUUCGUAGGUUUCUUGAUAAAACUUCAUAGCAAAAAUAACUUCAUCAGUCCAAUUUAAACUCUCAAUGGUUUUUUCUUUAUUUUUGCUUCCUCAAAAAUUGCGAAUAAUGAUUUUUGCAGCAAAUUUAAAGCAAGAUUUUUUAAAAUCUAGCCGCUUGUAGCCCUGCUCCCAGUUCGCCCCGUACAAUGUAAACCGAUCCCCUAAGCAGAAAAAUUUGGAACAGUGCCAGUCUAAAAACUUAUUCGCGAACUGUAAUGGUACAAAGUAGCAUAUGAGCACUAAGUUUCAGCAUACUUUAAUUAUAAAUCCUUUUUUGAUUCUACAGUUCUGUAUCGCUUCCCAUAUUGCUUGCUUUUCACUCGGUAAAAUCCAAGCUAACGUAGAUUAUUUCUACACACAAAAGGAAGCUUUAGAUUUCACAAGAAUUUGAUUGUUUAUAGAAAUCCAAAGCUUUCUUCAAAGUCUUUUUACAUUUGUCCUUGGCACUAGGAAGACAGAAUAGACUAUGUUUUCCUUAUCCAAUAUCUCGGAUUGUUUCAUACAAGUUUGGUGUUAUCCUGGAAUUGACAAAAGUUAAGGAAUCAAAUCCUUUUUUGUGUAUCAUCUGGAUUAAGGAGAAUCUACCAUGAUGCACCAGCUUUGAUUUUUACUGUGUGUCUACAGAUAACCUCUAUGUCAAAUGUUUACGCUUUUUGUGCAAACUUGACAAAGGGAAACCCGAGGAUUUUGAAAAAUCCACAGACAAUGCAUUGCUCCACUUUUUCUACCAUGUUGUUUUUUACUGUAAUCAGCAAAACGUGCAUAUUUAAAAAAUUUGAGAUAAAGAUUCUUAUAUAAUCCUUAUUGUGCAAUAUUUAGUUAUAAUGUUCUCGAACAGGUGUUUAUUUGAUAAGCACUUUAUGUUUGUUGUAUAAUACACAAUAUGAUAUAACAUAAAGCAACACUGUUACCUUCUUUCAUAAUUUAUUUAAUGAUUCUAAAAGUCUUGCGUAGGCAGUAGGUUUUGGUUUAAUGUAAAUAAAACUCUGUUUCAAGGAUAAGAAAACGAAACACGAUUUUACAAUAGGAAAAUCAAUUUGGGGAAAAAAUCCUUGUUCGUCGCGCGAAACUUUGCAUAUGUGCAUUUCUUUUGAAAGGAAACGAACUCGUUAGCUCUUUGGCUAAAGAAUGGUGAUACUAAAGAAAAAGAAAAAUCACCUGAACGUUUUUUCAGCUACAGAUAUAGCAACUCACAUAUAGCACCAGCUAAAGGAACUCAAGAAAAAAGGACGAAAAAGAAAAGAUGGAGGAUGGCUUCAAAAUUGAUGUAUCGAUUCAUAGCCAGACUGGGUACUUGUUUGGGAAGAAUGGGCAAUCAGACCAACAAGGCAAUUGAUGCACCUCUUAAAUCAAACUCGGAAGCGGUCCAGUUGAGUAAAGUCUCCUUGAAAGAAGUCAAAAAUGACGACGCCGCUGAAACGCAAGAGAAUGGACAUAUGGGACUACUCAAUUCAGAUGAGCAAAUCCCUGAACGCGAAACAUGGAGUAAAAAAAUUGAAUUCAUUCUUGCAUCGAUAGGAUACGCUGUUGGCUUGGGCAAUGUCUGGAGGUUUCCAUAUCUGGCCUUUCAAAAUGGUGGUGGCGCUUUCCUCGUUCCGUAUUUUACAAUGCUUUUAUUGUGCGGCAUGCCGUUGUUUUGUAUGGAACUCUCAAUAGGCCAAUAUUUCAGUCUGGGCCCAGUGACAUCAUGGAGUGCUCUGUGCCCCAUAGCCAAAGGUGUUGGGUUUGGUGUUUUAAUGAUCUCCUUUCUAUGUACCAUAUACUACAAUGUGCUAGUAGCCUACGUGCUCUACUAUAUGUAUGAAUCAUUGAAGCUCGAUGUGCCUUGGAGACACUGCAACAAUUGGUGGAACACAAAAAACUGCGUUCAAGACUUCAAAGCGUUUAGGGAUAAUGCAAAGAACUGCAAGCCCCAGCUAAACUCGACCCAGUCAAGUAACUGGACAGCAAGCAGCAGCGACGCAUUAUCAACUGUAGCGCCACUGACAUCGUUCCUUGAAAACGAUACCAUCACAAAUGCAGUUAACCUGACGUCUAAUGUCACAACAACCUGUUCUGUAAAUCUGGAUAAUGUUAAUUCACCUAGCAAAGAAUUCUGGGAACGCUAUGUGCUGCAAAUCACAGAAAGUAUUGGCGAUAUGGGAGAAAUGAGAGUCGAGUUGGUGUUCUGUUUGAUCAUUGGCUGGGUUUUGGUUUACCUUUGUCUUUUUAAAGGCAUCAAAUCAUCUGGAAAGGUUGUCUAUUUCACAGCGACAUUUCCGUACUUCCUCAUGUUUGUUCUUCUCAUCAGAGGAGCCACUCUAGAAGGUGCAUCUAAAGGCGUUUCCUUCUAUUUGAAACCAAACUUUUCAAAAUUGUUGGACGCCAAUGUUUGGGUGCAAGCAGCUACUCAAAUCUGUUACUCUCUCGGCAUUGGCUUCGGAUCCCUGAUAACGUUUGGCAGCUAUAACAAAUUCGAAAAUAACUGCAUAAGAGAUGCAGUUUCUAUAUCGCUCAUUAAUUGUUUAACAAGUGUUUUUGCUGGCUUCACUAUCUUCUGUGUUCUUGGUCAUAUGGCCUUCAAACUUGGCAAAAACGUGGAGGAUGUUGUCACCUCAGGUCCGGGCCUCGUGUUCGUGGUAUAUCCAGAAGGAAUUGCUCAAAUGCCAAUUUCCCCGCUUUGGGCUUUCCUUUUCUUCUUUAUGAUUCUCACAAUUGGCCUUGACACCCAAUUCGCCAUGUUUGAAGCUGUGAUCACUGGCCUCACCGACGAAUAUCCAAAAUACCUUCGCAAAUACAAACCGGCCUUUACAGGGUUGCUUUGUUUCUUAUGCUUCCUGCUGGGGCUUCCACUCGUUACACAGGGAGGAAUGUUUGUGCUAAAUUUGUUCAACUGGCAAGCAGGAGGUGUUUCUCUGCUCUUCGUUGCCCUAUGUGAAGUUCUAACACUGUCCUAUGGCUAUGGGGCUGGCAGAUUUAUUGACGACAUGGAAUUCAUGCUCGGUAAAAGGCCCAGUGUUUGGUGGAAGUUUUGUUGGAAGUUUGCGUCUCCUCUUCUUAUCGGAGGCCUACUUAUAUUCAGUCUGGCCACGUGGACAGGGAUAAAUUAUGGAACAUAUAAAUAUCCUGACUGGGCCGAAGUCAUUGGCUGGUGUCUGGCUGCCGCUUCGAUUUUGUGGGUUCCUGGUGUGGCCAUUUACCGUAUUCUGACGACACCUGGCUCUCUUAUUGAGAGAAUACGUUAUUUAAUCAAACCAGACCAAAAUAUCCAAGACAGAGUCGAUCGUGUCCACAACAUCAAAAGAUGUCAGGCGGUGUGCUAACUCAGUUGCCUAAAUUAUAUGCUCGUUGUGUAAAUAGUGUGCGCCUGGCUGCAAUACUUUACUCUUCUUUAGCCAAUCUUUAAUUUCUUGUGUGUCUCAAAUCUUAGAGUUUCUUCAUCAAAAAUAA